AUGGACAUCCUGGCGCCGUGGGCUCUUGCCUCUCUUGGCGUCUGCUACCUGGGCAUCACUGCGGCUACAUGGGGCCUCGUGGCGCAGAUGCAGGCGGGAGCCUGGAUGUACAGUUACUCGGAGCAGAAGGACUAUGCGUGGGACCAGGCGAGGAGCUACUGCCAGACCUACUUCACAGACCUCGUGGCCAUCCAGAACAAGAAGGAAAUCGAGUACCUCAAUGAAUGGCUGCCCUUCCACCCACGGUACUACUGGAUCGGCAUUCGCAAGCUGAACGAAACAUGGACCUGGGUGGGCACCAGGAAGGCGCUGACGAAGGAGGCUGAGAACUGGGCCGAAAAGGAGCCAAACAACAAGCGCUCCAACCAGGACUGUGUGGAGAUCUACAUCAAGAGGCAACGGGAGUCAGGGAAGUGGAACGACGAGCCCUGCAGCAAGAAGAAACGGGCACUGUGCUAUGAGGCCUCCUGCGAGCCCUUCCCCUGCAGCCAGCGUGGCGAGUGCGUGGAGACCAUCGGGAACUACAGCUGCGAGUGCCAGCCCGGAUUCCACGGCCGCGACUGCGAGAAUGUCAUUGUCGCAUGCCCGGUGCUCAGCGCUCCAGACUGGGGAGAGCUCAGCUGCUCCCACCUCCACGGAAACUUCUCCUUCGGCUCCACGUGCACCUUCUCCUGCCAGACCGGCUUUGAGCUCAUGGGGACAACGAGCCGCGAGUGCACGGCCACAGGGGACUGGAGUGGGGAACCCCCGAGAUGUGAAGCCAUCAAAUGCCCAACACUGGCCGCUCCCUCCAUGGGUGACGCAGACUGUUCCCACCUCCACGGCAACUUCUCCUUCGGCUCCACGUGCACCUUCUCCUGCCAGACCGGCUUUGUGCUCACGGGGACGACGAGGCGCGAGUGCACGGCCAUGGGGGACUGGAGCGGGGAACCUCCAUGGUGUGAAGCCAUCAAAUGCCCAACACUGGUCGCUCCCUCCAUGGGUGACGCAGCCUGUUCCCACCUCCACGGCAACUUCUCCUUCGGCUCCACGUGCACCUUCUCCUGCCAGACCGGCUUUGUGCUCACAGGGACGACGAGGCGCGAGUGCACGGCCAUGGGGGACUGGAGCGGGGAACCUCCACGGUGUGAAGCCAUCAAAUGCCCAAUACUGGCCGCUCCCUCCAUGGGUGACGCAGACUGUUCCCACCUCCACGGCAACUUCUCCUUCGACUCCACGUGCACCUUCUCCUGCCAGACUGGUUUUGUGUUGAUGGGAACGGCGCACCGUGAGUGCACGGCCACGGGGGACUGGAGCGGGGAACCCCCGAGAUGUGAAGCUGCCAAGUGCCCGGUGCUCAGUGCUCCCGACUGGGGAGAGCUCAGCUGCUCCCACCUCCAUGGAAACUUCUCCUUCGGCUCCACGUGCACCUUCUCCUGCCAGACCGGCUUUGAGCUUGUGGGGACGACGAGGCGCGAGUGCACGGCCAUGGGGGACUGGAGCGGGGAACCUCCAUGGUGUGAAGCCAUCAAAUGCCCAACACUGGUCGCUCCCUCCAUGGGUGACGCAGCCUGUUCCCACCUCCACGGCAACUUCUCCUUCGGCUCCACGUGCACCUUCUCCUGCCAGACCGGCUUUGAGCUUGUGGGGACGACGAGGCGCGAGUGCACGGCCAUGGGGGACUGGAGCGGGGAACCUCCAUGGUGUGAAGCCAUCAAAUGCCCAACACUGGUCGCUCCCUCCAUGGGUGACGCAGCCUGUUCCCACCUCCACGGCAACUUCUCCUUCGGCUCCACGUGCACCUUCUCCUGCCAGACCGGCUUUGUGCUCACAGGGACGACGAGGCGCGAGUGCACGGCCAUGGGGGACUGGAGCGGGGAACCCCCGAGAUGUGAAGCCGUCAGAUGUCCCAGUGUGGCUGCCCCUGCCAUGGGCGACGCAUCCUGUUCCCACCUCUACGGCAACUUCUCCUUCGGCUCCACGUGCACCUUCUCCUGCCAGACCGGCUUUGUGCUCACAGGGACGAUGAGCCGCAAGUGUACGGCCACGGGGGACUGGAGCGGGGAACCCCCGAGAUGUGAAGCCAUCAGAUGCCCCACAUUGGUCGCCCCUGCAAUGGGCGACACAGCCUGUUCCCACCUCCAUGGAAACUUCUCCUUUGGCUCCACGUGCACCUUCUCCUGCCAGCCCGGCUUUGUGCUCACAGGGACGACGAGGCGCGAGUGCACGGCCACGGGGGACUGGAGCGGGGAACCUCCACGGUGUGAAGCCAUCAGCUGCCCGGUGCUGGACGCUCCCCGCAGCGGCCGCAUGAGCUGCUCCCACUUCCACGGCAACUUCACGUACAACUCCACGUGCGCCUUCUCCUGCGAGGCCGGCUUCCUGCGGAGGGGCGCCGAGGCGCUCCGCUGCGCCGCCACCGGCAACUGGAGCCGGCGGCCCCCGGUCUGCGCAGAGGAUGCUGCCUCCUUCCUGAAGCAAGCGCUGGUUUACAGCGGCGGCACGGCGCUCGUGGCCGUGGGCAUGGUGCUCUCCGGCACGCUCAUCGCCCUGCUCGUCAAGCGGCUCAGUGACAGAGAUGAGAAGAAGAAGCUCCUGGCCCCCACCAGUGACUUGGGAUCGCCAGGUCUCUUCACCAACGCCGCCUAUGACUCCAACUUGUGA